AUGGUGACGGGGCUGUUCCCGGGGAGGCUGUGAUGGGUUGACAGGUGCGUGACAGUCGGAGCUCUCCGCAGGCAUGUACGGCAAAGGCAAGAGCAACAGCAGCGUCCCGUCCGACAGCCAGGCCCGGGAGAAAUUAGCACUGUAUGUAUAUGAGUAUCUGCUCCAUGUAGGAGCACAGAAAUCAGCCCAGACAUUUUUAUCAGAGAUAAGAUGGGAAAAAAACAUCACACUGGGGGAGCCCCCAGGAUUCUUGCAUUCCUGGUGGUGUGUAUUUUGGGAUCUCUACUGUGCAGCUCCAGAAAGACGAGAAACAUGUGAACAUUCAAGUGAAGCGAAAGCCUUUCAUGACUAUAGUGCUGCAGCAGCUCCCAGUCCAGUGCUAGGAAACAUUCCCCCAGGAGAUGGCAUGCCAGUAGGUCCUGUACCACCGGGGUUUUUUCAGCCUUUCAUGUCUCCUCGGUACCCUGGAGGUCCAAGGCCACCUUUAAGAAUACCUAAUCAGGCACUCGGAGGUGUCCCAGGAAGUCAGCCAUUAUUGCCUAGUGGGAUGGACCCAACAAGGCAGCAAGGGCAUCCAAACAUGGGUGGGCCAAUGCAGAGAAUGACUCCUCCGAGAGGAAUGGUUCCAUUAGGACCACAGAACUAUGGAGGUGCAAUGAGACCCCCACUGAAUGCUUUAGGUGGCCCAGGGAUGCCAGGAAUGAACAUGGGUCCUGGGGGUGGUAGACCUUGGCCAAACCCAACCAAUGCCAACUCUAUACCGUACUCAUCAGCAUCUCCUGGGAACUAUGUAGGUCCUCCAGGGGGUGGAGGGCCACCGGGAACACCUAUCAUGCCUAGUCCUGCAGAUUCAACCAACUCUGGAGACAACAUGUACACUUUAAUGAAUGCAGUACCACCUGGACCCAACAGACCUAAUUUUCCAAUGGGGCCAGGGUCAGAUGGACCUAUGAGUGGACUGGGUGGAAUGGAUCCACAUCAUAUGAAUGGAUCAUUAGGCUCAGGAGACAUGGACAGUAUUUCCAAAAACUCUCCCAGUAAUAUGAGCAUGAGUAAUCAGCCUGGCACUCCCAGAGAUGACAGUGAGAUGGGUGGAAACUUCCUCAACCCUUUCCAGAGUGAGAGCUACUCCCCUAGCAUGACAAUGAGUGUGUGAUCCGUUAACAAGUCUCGCCAUGAAGACCACAGUGAGUUGGCCCUCUUCAGAGAGCUACUGCAGAAGAAAAUUAUUCGUCCCAGUGUACAGUUUAACAAAAGGAUCUCAGACACAAUCAGACCCACCUUUAUUUUAUUUUUUUUUCCUACCAUCUCCCCCAUUUUGUCAAGAAAGUGGGUCCCAAACAUGAUUGAGAUAACCAUAAAGAGUGGCAUUAAGAGAACUGCAUUAAGAUGGAACUGCAAACAAUUAUCUGUGUAUGUACAUGUAUGGGUUGAUAUAUAUGUAUGUCUGUGUGAUACAGAAAUACACACAUACAUACAUAGAGCUGCAGGACAUUGUAAAAUAUUAUGACAUGACAUCUUAACUAGAAAUGAGAAGUAGGGACUUUUAUUCCUUUUUUUUCCACGUUUACAUUUUAAUUAUUAAAAUCUGCUUUCCCUCUCCCCUCCUGAACUGUUCUAUGUUGCAUAUGUCACUGCUUUAUAAGUUAUUUUUUAUGGUGAAUUCAAAUGAUAAAUUCUUCUGAUUUUGUUAAUGUCUGCCAUUAUAGAUAGGAAUAAAAUUGCUUAUAAGAGCUUUCAUUAA